AUGGAGCAACGUCAAGGUCUACGGAUCACGACCUGGAAUGUGAACGGCAUCAGAAACCCGUUCGGGUAUCAGCCAUGGCGUCAAUCGAGAACAUUUGCGGCAAUGUUCGAUAUCUUGGAAGCAGAUAUUGUAGUCAUGCAAGAGCUGAAGAUCCAACGAAAAGAUUUGCGAGAUGAUAUGGUUCUCGUUCCCGGGUGGGAUGUGUAUCUAAGUCUUCCAAAACAUCUGAAAGGAUAUUCUGGAGUUGCAAUCUAUACUCGAAACUCGACAUGUGCACCAAUUCGAGCAGAGGAAGGCAUCACCGGCAUUCUCACUCCUCCGAACUCGACGAUAAGUUUUCGUGACCUUCCGGAAGACCAACAGAUUGGCGGCUACCCAACUGCCAGCCAACUAUCAGAUUUCAGCCUUGGUGCUGCGGACCUUGAUUGUGAAGGAAGAUGCGUGAUUGUUGAGUUUCCCGGUAUGGUUGUCAUCGGAGUAUAUUGUCCAGCAAAUCGUGAUGAAAGUCGCGACGAUUUCCGAAUUGGAUUUCUCAAUGCUCUGGAUUCCCGAGUUAGGAAUCUCAUUGCGAUGGGGAAGAACGUCAUUUUAACAGGAGAUUUAAAUAUCAUCCGGGAAGAAAUGGACACGGCCAAUGCUGAAGAGCAAUUGAAGAAGCAUGGUAUGACAGGUGAAGAGUAUGUGUCAACACCAGCCCGACGGAUGUUGAACCAACUGCUUGUUGGCGGUAAAGUCAUUGGCGAGAGAGAUGAAGACAAGGAAGGCGCAGUCAUGUGGGAUAUUUGUCGAGGUUUCCAUCCAACUCGAAAAGGCAUGUUCACUUGUUGGGAACAGAAGAUCAAUGCUCGACCAGGAAACUUCGGCUCUCGCAUAGAUUACGUGCUUUGCAAUUGGAAAUGUUACGACUGGUUUCGAGAUUCCAACAUCCAAGAAGGUCUAAUGGGAUCCGAUCACUGUCCAGUAUACGCUAUAUUCAAAGACAAGGUGGAAAUCGAUGGAGAGGAGGUUGAUAUCAGGGAUAUUUUCAGUGAUGGAAUGUUCAAAAACGGAGUUAGGCAGCGAGACUGGACCAUCAAAGAUCUACUGCCAACAUCUGCGAAGCUCAUCCCAGAAUUUGAUCGUCGUCGGAGCAUCCGAGAUAUGUUUAGCAAAAAGCCUGCGCUGUUGCCAGAGAAAAGCUCAGUCACCAAUGGAGCGAGUUCGCUGGCUGUGGACAGAACAACACCUACUCGAGAAUUGUCUCAACCCGAGAAUCUCGAUCCAAAUGGCGAGCCAUGCUUCAAACCCUCAGUCAAUAAAUCUCCGAUUACACCAGCGACAUCUCGACCUUCGCCGGGGCGAAUCUCCGGAACAAAAAGUCCAGUUAAGCAAAAUGGAAAACGCGGCUUAGACAACGGCAACGGUACGGAUCCUCCGCAGAAACGUACCAAAGCAAGCGGUACCUCAAAAUCUGUAGCGGCAAACAAACCUCCACUCACCAAAGGGCAGAGCAGCUUGAUGGGCUUCUUCAAGCCCAAGCUUCAGCCGGCCGCUGUGCUGAAGGACCAGGAUGAUAGCUCGACUUCGUUCAAUAGCGAGAUGGAUAUCUACGAUGCUCCCGUCGAGAAAUCGGGUGUACUUGACGAUUUAGCUGCUUUAAAACCAGACGAAAAUCGGAGCAUUCCAGACAGUGCUGCGUUGGCCGACAAAACAGAAGGUCUGUCCGUGGAAAAUGCUUUCAAUCCUGCUGAUCAGAAGGAUGUGGUAGAUCCCGUGGCUGUCAAAGCUCGCUGGGAUCUACUUGGGUUGGGAAAGCGGACGGUUCCCUUAUGCGAACACGAAGAGCCUUGCAAGAGUAUGGAUACGAAGAAACCUGGUGUAAAUCAGGGGAGGUCAUUCUACAUGUGCCAAAGACCAUUAGGGCCGACAGGAAAGAAGGAGAGGAACACACAGUGGCGAUGCGCCACGUUCAUGUGGAGCACUGAUUGGAAGGGGGAAAAUGGUCAAUGA